CUGUACGCGCUGGUCGACGAGUACUUUGCCGAAGUCGCGCGCGAGUAUCUUCAGGACAUUCUCUUUCGAUCUUCCAACGACUCAGCGCUCGCUAUCAGCCUUCCAAAAUGUUACAAGAAAUACGAGGACGGGGCAAGCCGCGCGGAUCGCAUGCUCAACUAUAUCAAUCGGCUUUACGUCCGCCGUGAGAUUGAUGAGGGGCGCGGUUGGGUAUACGUAGAAGAUAUUGUCGAUAAAGCGGUGCUAGAGCGCGCACGGCUGGAGCAGGGGAAGUCUUUGAAUAGCGCAGAUGUGCAGCAGCAGCUGGAGGCUUGGAAGGAGGGCGAGCUCCACAGGCGAGGUUUCGAUCAAGAGCAGUCGGAUGAUGAAGAGGAGAUGGCAAAGAGGAAGUGCGUCGCCGAGAAAAGGGCUGAGGCUGGGAGCAAGCUGGGCGCGGUGGUUCCUAUCAAGUCAAUGGCUCUGAGGAGGUUCAGAAUGGAGGUGGGUGAGCCAUUGCUG